UCUUCCGAAGUAAAUAAAUCUACUACUCUAUAACCAGCUCUCCUCAUCUCCAUUUCUAUGGCAGAGAGUUGGGCCUCUCCAAUCGACGUUAAAACCUCGCCGUCCUCCUGAUCCUGGUUCUUGAUUGGGAGCUGUAAAGCCAACGUGCAUAGAAAUUAGGAUUGCUCUGACUCUAUGAUUCCUUAGGUCACAAAAGUGUAGUGCUUAAAAUUACUUCGCUAGUAGCAAGGGACAAAGUCCUAAUCAUCCAUAAAAAGAGAAACUCUGUCUCUUUCACACCCAGGAAGCUUUUGGAAUCAUCCAUCUACUCCCACCAGCGAGAAGAACCCUAAAAAUGGCAAACCGAUGGGCGAGAAGACGCAGAGAGGUGCAGACCCACUUGCCAUUGCACAUCAGCCAUCCAUCCAGCUCCAUCUCGUACUGGUAUUGUGAUUUUAAGAUAUAUAACCUCAAUGAACAUAUAUUCUCUUUCGGACGCCGAUAUGCCAGAUUUCUGCAUGUUUGGUUCACAGUGGGAGUUGCCUUCAGUUUCAUUGCUCUACUUGGAGUUUCAUUGAUGCUACUCUGGGGUUCAGCUGGGCCUUAUCAUCUCCAAAGCAGAGAUAUGGGGAUUAAUGGUCUUUCAGUGAGUUGGUUGUUUGGGUUCUCCAGUUUGGUACCUGGAUUGAGCUUAUCAAUAAUGGAUGUUGGCAUUAUGAUAGUUUCAACACUGAUGUCUGUUGCACUACAUGAGUUUGGACAUGCUGUUGCUGCUGCAAGAACAAACAGUGAGGGCCUUCCAAUAGAGUACAUUGCCAUAUUCCUAGCAGUCUUGUUUCCUGGAGCCUUGGUUGCUUUCAACUAUGAUAUGCUACAGAGUUUACCUCAUUUUGCCGCCCUUCGAAUAUAUUGUGCAGGGAUCUGGCAUAAUUUAAUGUUUUGUGCAGUUUGUUUGCUGACAGUGUUCUUACUUCCUCUGAUGUUGCAUCCUCUUUACAUACACAAUGAAGGCCCCAUGGUUAUGGGGGUGGCCCAAACAUCUGCCCUAUCUGGAUAUUUGUCUCCUUAUGAUGUCAUUAUAUCGUUGGAUGGUUCAAACAUCAAAAGUCCUCAAGAAUGGAUGAACAAGAUGGCUCAAGUUAAUGCCCAAAUACUUCCUAAAUUUACCGACCUGGAAGAGCCUCUACAUUCUCAGGCUGUUAGUGGUAGAAAAGGAUAUUGCAUACCUAAUUCUUGGGUAGAAAAUAGCAGAAAUGACAAGUUUUCUUGUCCUGAUGGACUUACAGCUUUUGUGAGCAUACCCUGCUUCAAUUCAAGCUUGUUAGUUAGGAGCAUCCAUGGAGAUGGUGACAAGAACAAAGUAGAAGAUAGACAGUGCUUGACUGCUCAAGAUGUUGUCAAGUUAAAAAAAUGUGGAGAUGAAUGGGAACUGACUGGAAAUGAUAGAAGCCAUUGCGCAUGUUCAGAGGAAGAAUCUUGCAUGGCACCUGUUCAGAUACCAGGCUUGUCAUGGGUUGAGAUCUCUUAUUCAAGCCCAUAUUCCACAGAAUGCUUGCAGAAGAGAAGAAAUUUAUCAUCUACUGAUUCUUCUGGAUCAACUUCAUGUGGAGGUUCUUUUGUAUAUGUUGGUGAUGUGUCCUCAUUGGCAUAUUCCAUUCAAUUAUCAGCAUAUCAGCCUCGAUGGGCAUCAAUUAUUUUCAGUGCAUAUUUACCAUAUGUGCUGGAGAAGGUUUCGGCUUGUACCUUCCAUGUGUCUGCAACUUUGGGUUUACUAAAUAGCAUGCCGGUAUAUUUUCUGGAUGGGGAAUCUAUUCUGGAGACUAGCUUUUGCUACAUCACCUGGCUAACUCCAAGGCGGCGGCAUAGAGUCCUUCGAUCUUGCCUUGUUGCAGGGACUUUCUUAUCCACCAUUACCAUUCUGAGAAUUCUGUACUCCAUACUGAUAUGACGGAAUUAGCUUACUUUGAAUUAUCACAGGCCGUAUUGUGAGUUGAUCUCUCCUUCCUUGGAUUUUUCAUCAGAUUCUUGGGAGUUAGAUUCCUAUUUCUAAAAUUUUUACAGAGAAGACCAGUUGAACUUGACAAAGUUCUGUUGAAAAGCUCAUCACCAAAUCGGUAUUCUGCCAGCUUUGACAUGUAACAGCUGACCUUGGUUCUGGGCUUCAUCAAUUUAUGGUCUCAGCAUAUGCUUGCCAGGUUGUAAAAGUCCAUACAUUGCGGACAGACGUAGAAUCGUAUCCAGCUAGAGACCCUGUGUCGGAACCAUGUCUAAGCAUCACGUGGGAAUCAGCUUAAGGUAUAGUUCUCAAGCUGCAACCUCAUUUGGAUGCUCUGAAAGAGGUUUCACUGACUGCCUGAGUCUUACCCAAACCCAGCUUCGGGUACGUCUGGGCUUAAGACCACGUUAUUUCGGGGCUUCCAUUUUGCUCUUUUCUCGAAUCCGGCCUGGGGCAAACUGACGGCGAGCAGUCUACGGCGCUCUGCACCAUUACCAGGGAAAAUGAGGGGAUCUAUACGCAGGAACUUUGGCAAACUAGUCCUUCUAACCAUAAUAUUUUGCUGCAGACUUAUGGUCAUCCGUUGUCUUGCUUUUUCUGUAGGGGAAAACAAAAAUCUAAACUUCUCUACAUGUUCUUAUAUAUAUAUAAUUUAUUGUGUUAGAACUUGGAAGCCUUGUGAAUUAGCUCUCAAGUAUGUGUUUGAAGAGGAUCAUAUGUUUUGAAGAAAUCUACAGGGCCUCGCGUGUUGCUAUGAGUGAACAA